UCCUCGGAGGGACCCAGGCCUCAUCUACAUUGAUCGAAUGGGCCAUGUCAGAGCUGAUGAGGAACCCCAAGAUAAUGAAGAAAGCACAGAAGGAGGUGAUGGAAAAGCUGAAGGGAAAGAACAGGAUACAAGAGACCGACGUCGUGGAGCUGAACUACCUCAAGUCGAUCGUUAAGGAGACAGUAAGGCUUCACCCACCUACCACGUUGAUACCAAGAAUGUGUAGGAAGACGUGUGAGGUGCUCGGCUACGAGAUAGAAGCCGACACUCUAGUCUUGGUCAAUGCAUGGGCGAUCAACAGAGAUCCACAGUACUGGGAAGAGGCCGAGAGCUUCAGGCCGGAGAGGUUUGAAAGCAAAUCCAUUGAUUUCAGAGGAGGUAACUUCGAGUACUUACCGUUCGGUGCUGGAAGAAGGAUAUGCCCUGGAAUGGAGUUUGGGCUCGCCACCGUACACCUAUCCUUGGCGCAGCUCCUCCUCUACUUCGACUGGAAGCUGCCCGAUGGCAGGAAACCAGAGGAGUUGGACAUGAGCGAGACCUACGGACUCACUAUAACAAGGAAAACUGAGCUGAAGCUGUUUGCAACUCCUUGUAUUCUCAUCCCUUCUACUGUUUAAGGCUUACAGUGUGUUUAAUGGGUGUUGCCUGUGAACCAAACGGGACAUGUAUCCCACUACCGUAUCUUCAAAAUUAUGUAUAUAUAUGUGUGUGCUUAUGUCCGGAUAUAUGAAACUUA